AUGUCCUUCGGUGGAAUCUCUUCUCUGACCCAGAACAAUGUGUCAAGUUCUGCCAAACGUUUGUCUGAUGUAACUGUGAAAGUCCCUGGGGAAGCCAACAUCUCCCUUACCCAAGGUGUUAUAAAGAAUUUACAAGAUAUUGAUUCUGCAUCUUCACAAGAUCAUAUUCCAAAAUUAGAAACAAUCUUUCAUAUAGCAAGAUAUCCCUUAACUAUUGAUAUCCAAUCUCCACUCAAAGAAAAAGUGGUGCCUCUGUCUCCUAUACCAUCUAUAGGAAAAACCUUUCCAUUCAGCAAAGUGAAAAAUGGCACACAGGGAGCCCUUCUUCAAAAAAAUGAAGCAGGAGCUGCUAAAAUACUCUCAGACUAUGAACUACAGAUUCAAGCAGAUAUCACAAGGAAUACCUCCGCUCAAGAAGACAUGGGCACAAAGCUGCAUGCUAUUCAACAGAGCCAUACCUCAACUGAUCUGACACCUUCUGGAAAAUAUCUUGGGAUUUCAGCUACCCAGACUAAUUCUGACCAUGGUUCUAAAGCAAAGCAUUUGAGACAGUCCGUAUGGACCACACUGUCUUCUUUCCAUUGGAAAACAUCAUUUUCUCUUCGUGUAAAUCAGCGUAGCCAGGCACUAGAGAGCUCUGUGCAGUCAAGAAUUUCAGGAAGGACUGCUUCAUUCAGAAAGCCUUAUGCCUCAGGUGUAAACCAUUUGGCAAUUGACUGGAGAUCACUUAAUAAGCAACUCAACUGUGCACAUAUGCCAUGUUUCCCUGGUGUGCCCUGUGAAUCAACAAAGGAUCAGGCAUUCAAAUGUGGACCCUGCCCCUUUGGAUACAGUGGCGAUGGAAUACAGUGUUAUGCACUUUGUGAUCCACUGUGUGAAAAUGGAGGGACCUGUAUCAGUCACAAUAUCUGUUCCUGUGCAUAUGGAUUUGUUGGCUCAAGAUGUGAAACACUGGUUUGUAAUAAGCACUGUCACAAUGGUGGGAAAUGUGUGGCACCGGAUGAAUGUCAGUGCAAGGCUGGUUGGAGUGGUCCUUUGUGUGAAACAGCCAUUUGCAAACCCAUUUGCCUAAAUGGUGGGACCUGCAUUCGCCCAAAUAUAUGUGCUUGCCCAUUUGGUUUCUUCGGGCUCCAGUGUCAAUCUGCAUUCUGCAAUCCUCCUUGUAAGAACAAAGGGCUAUGUAUGAGAAACAACCUGUGCUCCUGUAUGGAAGGUUACGUUGGAAGAAGGUGUCAGAAAAGUAUCUGCAAUCCGAUGUGUAUGCAUGGUGGGAGAUGCAGCAGGCCCAAUGUUUGUGACUGCCCAUUUGGCUGGAAAGGAAAACACUGUAGUAUGCCUGUGUGUUUACCCAGCUGCAUGAAUGGAAGUGAAUGUAUAGGGCCUAAUGUUUGCCAAUGCUCAGAAGGAUGGGCAGGCCUCCUAUGCCAAAUUCCUCUUUGUGAACCAAAAUGCCUGUUUGGAGGCCGAUGUAUCCAGCCAAAUGUUUGUGCUUGUAGAAGUGGAUAUAGUGGUUUUGACUGUGGAAAAAAGCUCUCCAUUCGAUGACAAAAACAACAGGACAGUGAAGAUACACAUUUUGAAACUAUUGUGCAAACUUUAAAAAAAAAAGAUUGGCUAAGAGCAUGCUACAAAGGACUGGUGAAUUUCUCAUGCUUCCUAACCCUUAACCCUACUUCCCACUCCUUCCAAGAACUAAGUUCUGUGGAGAAAUUGCUAAUUUCAGAGUAGAAACUUUAGCAAAUUGCUGGUGCCACCUUACAUGAUAUUUCUCUUUUGCUGCCUGCCUCAAUCUUAGCUAUUUGCUAUAUGUACGUGCCAAAUUCCAGGUUGACUUUGUUGGGUACUGAAAAUAAUGUUAAGUUGUUGGAGAUGACAGUAUUUCCCCAUUGUAUUCUUUGUUGUUUCUUCUGUUUAUUCCACCAGGAUAGACACCAAGAGAAAUGAGAAUUUCACUUCUUUUCCUUAGUGUCACUUCUUUUCUUUCCCUUCUUACAUCAUUACUUCUGUGCCAUGUUUUUGUACACAGCUUUUCUGAUGUGCUACACAGUAUUGACUGAAGUAUAUGUUCCAUAACAUUAGGAUUGCUGUUAUAUUUUUCAUGUGUUUUAUCAUAGCAAAAUAUGGACUGGCAAGAAAAAGAAAAUGGAUAAGAAAGAGCAAAAUAAAGUGGAAUGGAUGCACAGCUUGCUGGACAAUAUUCAGAAUCAAAAUAAUAGAGAGGAAUAUUUUUAAUAUCUUGGAUGCCCUUCAAGAAAAUUCCAAAAUAUAAGAAAAAUUAGAAUAAAUAGAAUUUCUGAAUCCAAA